AUGACUGGAUCGAUCAUUGCCAACAAAGGUUUCAUCCAGACAUAUGGCACAGCUCACGAUGCCAAAGGACAACUAAUUCUCGACGCAAAUGUCUUGGCUGCCUGGGGCGGGGUUCAGAGCGCAGGUCAGGGUCUGGGGAUGCUCAGUAUGCACUUCGUGGCUGACCGGUUUGGACGAAAAAAAGCAUUUUACGGUCUAUGGCUUGCCCUAGCAAUAGGUGUUGCUUGUGAGACUGUAGGUAAACAUUGGCAAGUAUGGCUCGUCGCAAAACUCGCUUCAGGCUAUGGUGUCGGAAGUGUUCAAUUUUUGACCGGAAGUUAUAUGACCGAGAUCAUCCCGUCAAGAACACGAGGCUUCAUGUUGAUUUUCUACUCUAUCUGGUACUCUAUUGGUCAAUUAUUCGCUUCCGCUGCUCUCAAAGCUUUGUCGAAAACGCAGCCCUACAAUUUUCUGGACCUCAUUUACACUGAAUGGGCCAUGCUUGGAAUAAUGUUGACUAUCUACAUUUUCAUUCCCGAGUCCCCUUGGUGGUGCGCCAAUCAUGACCGCCACGACGAAGGCCGUGCCAUCGUGGAACGUCUAAACGGAGGUAUCGAAGGUUACAAUAUCGAUUUUCAUUAUGGCAUCAUUAAGCGCACUGUGGCGCAUGAAAGGGCCUUGAAAGAGAGCAUGUUUGGGAAAGAUCGAGGUUUUCUCAAAAGCAUUUUAGACGCUCGCGAGAUUUUUGUUGGCUCCAACGGCAUGCGAACUCUCAUCGCUUUCUUCCCGGCAGGUGUUCAGCAGAUUUCUGGGCUCGCGAUCCUAUCUAAUUACUCAAGUUAUUUUGCCCAAGUCGCGGGUUUUGCAGAUCCUUUCACUUUUUCACUUCUCUUAGCGCUGGUUGGAAUCGCUGUGACCGUUCUGAUUGCUGUUACUACCGAUUUUAUCGGUCGUCGAGCUAUCUUCUUGGGCGGCGUUGUCACCACCUGGUGCAUGUUGAUCAUUGUCGGUAGUAUGGGUCUUGUCAAAGACAAGUCCCCUGCAUUGAAUAAGCUAGUGCUCUUUUUCGCCCUCGUCUGGAGAAUGGCUUCGACUUGUCUGGGUACUUUGGGCUGGGCUUAUGUUGCCGAAACAGGAUCAAGUCGUCUGCGAGCAGUGACAGCUGGUGUUUCAGCUGCUGGCGGAGUUUGUAUCGGUACUCUGUUCAGCACAACGGUUCCCUAUAUGCUCAAUGCCAAUUACGCAAAUUGGGGACUGAAGUCAUGCUUCUUCUUUGCUGGAAUAUCUGCUCCGAUGUGUAUCGCUGCCUUUUUCGUCAUGCCAGACACCUCAAAGCGAACUCCAGCAGAACUUGACGAGAUGUUUGAGAAAAAAAUCAAACCUUGGAGAUUCCGUUCAUACGUUACCGACGCUCAAAAGGCUCUGAAUGCCGAAAGAGAGAGGACUGGAGAGACAGAUGCUGCUGUACUCCAAAAUCUGACGUUCGAGAUUUUAGCUAAUUCAGAUUUUGACGCGAAUGAAUACCGUAAAGUUGCUUAUCGAUGGGGACCCAUGUUGCAUCAGAACGCUGUGUCCUCCCAGAAACGGAUGAAGUCCAACUUGAGAACGUCCCAUGACCAGCCCAUACUGUCAUUCUCAUCUCUGUCCAGCCACACGAACUCGCUCUUCUUCCAUAUCUCCAAGACACUUCGCAAGAGCAAGGCAAGCAUUUGCACCGGCACUAUCGCCGGCCAACAUGAUAUUUUACCACGAAGUCAGCCAAUACAGCAUGACACUCAGAUAAAUGACUUACCUUUGUGA